AUGUCCAACAUGUCUGUUAAACGCAAACGCUCGUCUCCGAAGUCUCAGAGGUCUCAGAGUCGUAAAUCUCCAUCGUCGAAACAGAAUCCCCCAAAGGUCACCAAGAAAGAUCAAGCUAAAGCCAAAUCGGCCCAAAAGGCGCAGCGGAAGCAAGCAUGGGAUACCUGGCUUGCUCGCGAGGAGAACCAAUGGUCGCCAGAGCAAGACCCUAAUUAUAAGCAGGAGGUCGGAUGGCGGGUCAUUCAUUAUACCGACGCAAAACAAUACUACCGAUUCUCCGACAAAGAGAUGGAGGCGCUGCCGUACACUACCUUUUAA